AUGUCUGCUCUGGAGUCAAUGUGUAAAGAGCUGGCCAAGUCCAAGGCUGAAGUUGCCUGCAUCGCCAUGUAUGAAGCAGAUGUGUUUGUUGUAGGAACAGAGAAGGGACGCGCCUUUGUCAACGCCCGGAUGGAUUUUCAGAAAGAUUUUGCAAAAUACUGUAGGUGGAGCUCAGGUGGCACGGUCCAUAAAAAACUGCACUGCUAA